AUGCCUAAUCCCAAGGAAGUGAAUGCCGUCGACAUGGCUCAGAAUAAACCCUCUUUGAGUCCGAUUCUCGGCUCGGAUAUGCCCCCCCAAGUCGAUGAAAACAGGCUCACCCGCAAAAUUGACUUGCACGUAGUGCCGAUUCUAUUCGCCGUUGUAAACAUCUCCAACGCACUCACGUUAGGUUUACCUGAGGAGCUCGGUCUUAAGGGUGAACAGCCAAACAUUGCCCUUACGAUAUUCUUUAUACCAUAUAUUAUCUUUGAAAUCCCCUCAAACAUUUUCAUGAAGAGGCUGAGCCCUCAUAUCUGGCUUUCGGGUUCAAUCUUGUGUUUCGGAGUUAUCAUGAUAGGGCAAGGCUUUGUGAAGAGUUACCGUGGAUUACUUGCCGCCCGAUUCUUCCUAGGGCUCGCGGAGGCCGGCAUCUUUCCAGGUAGUUUCUACUUGAUUAGUUUUUGGUAUAAGAAAGAGGAGGCUCAAAAACGAUUCACUGUGUACUAG